AUGAUUCUUAGGGUUAUUGAUUUUUUGGAUUUGAGAGGAAGUGAUUUUCCUGAGUUUGAUAUUGUGUAUUCGUUGGAAAGGACUAUUAAUAGCUCUUGUUGUUUUGAUGAUUUUGAUAGGAGUUUGAUUGAUAAAAUGAAGAAACAGGGGGUGUUUUUGUUGCAGUGUGCGGUGAAGUUGUUUUUGAGUACAGGUCGUCGGCCGCUUCCUUUGGUUGUUGCGAUUUUGGUUUUGGUUGCUGAAAUUAACCAAGUUGAAGUUCGUAUGGAAGAUUUGGCGAAGGAGGUUCAUGUUGUUGUUUCCACUUGUAGAACUAGGUAUAAAGAGCUUCUUGAGACGCUUGUGAAAAUUGCACAAGUGUUGCCUUGGGGAAAAGAUAUAACUAAGAAGAAUAUUGUUAAGAAUGCUCCUUUUGUGAUUCAGUAUAUGGAGAAGAAGUCUAUGUCAAAACCUGUUGAGAAGAGGAAGAAUCUUGAUCAGACUAGCUUUGAUUUGGAAGAAGUGGUUGUCGAGUGCUUGGCACAAGAGAAUGGAUAUGAAUAUGGGGUUGAUGGAUUAGUUUCGCGAAAAGAUUCUCAGUAUCUUUCAUUGCCAAGUAAUGCGGAUAGAGAAGGCAUCAGGGAUAUUGAUACGUCACAGAUUUCACCCGAAUGUUUAUCCCUGAUUUAUGAGAAGUUUUUAAAUAAGAAUCGUGGUGCUAUGUUGUCGAGGACUGCAAAUGUUCAGAAACAUAAGAGGGUCGAAUUUGAUUUUCACGAGUGUAGAGAGUGGUGGGAUGGAGAAUCAGAACUGAGCAGAAAGCUUAUACUGAGAAAGUUACUAGAGAAGGAUAUUGGGGCGGAAACCAUGCCACCAUCAUUUAUUAAUGGUCAUUUGAAAUGUAAAAUAAGGCGAGAGAGGAUCGAUGCUGCAAGGAAGCGGAUAAAAAGAAUAACUCAUCCAUUAAAUGCUGAUCUUGAUGAAACUGUACCUCUUGACAUUUUAGAUAGCACUUGCACUGAGAAAAGGAAGAAGAGAAAAGGAGUGGUCGUUGAGGGUAUUGAUUGGGAAGACUUGAUUAUUGAGACACUUAUUCUUCAUCAAGUAAAGGAAGAAGAAAUUGAGAAGGGGCAUUACAAUACUUUAUUAGGCCUACAUGUGUUUAACUCUGGCGUUGUAUAA